GGCGCACCAUACUCAUUCAGCCAAGUGUACAUUUCGAAUUUCCUCAAUAGUCAAUGACUCAAAAGAAAAGUAGAGAGAUUUUACCUUGUGGAAUUUGCAUCACCCCCACGAUUGUUUAUUCCCAUGGAUACAGUGAUGGCGCGACAAGAGUACAAUGAAAGGCAACAACAAAUAGAGGCCAAGGAAGGUCAGAGACCACAGAUUAGAUCCCGGGAUGAAUGGGCAGCCACUUUACCGACUGCUUGGAGGCAGCAUGUUUGGUCAGAAAAGGGGACACAACUCAAAGAGUCUUUAACAUAUUUUACGAAUCUCCUUAAGGGCCUCCAGAAGAAUUGUUACCGGUUGAAAAGAUUUGCUGAUAAGCGCGAGAAAACUCCUAAAUUGAGAUUCAUCUCUGAUAUCAACGACGAAGAAUAUGAUGCUCUUCUUUCUGGAAUGGAGAAUGAACAAAUCGAUUUUUCCUUUUUCACAAUGUUGUCCAAGUUAAAAAAGAAUCUGGAUCAGCUUAUUGAAGAAUGUGCCACAGAAAAAAGAAUCGCCAUUACAAUAUGUGAAAACAUUGCAGACAUUGAAGGGAGACCGAGGUGUGUUCCUUUAAAAGCCUGGCACCUUUUAGAUGAUGACUCUAAACAAUUUGUCAUUCGUGUAAACCAAGGAAUGGGGGCAGAUGAAACACAACUACAGCAUAUUUCUCAAGGAUUAUUAAGUUUAAUGAAUAUGAUCUGCAGACUACAAGAUGAGAAUGUUGCGUUAAAAAGAGAUGUUGAGUUUCUCUGCAUGAAAAAUAUGAAAAUUGAGAAGAAGAAAGCGGGCAUAGAAGAGGAGUUAUCUAGCAGUAAAGAACGCAUUAAUUCACUUCAAUGUCAGUUAAAAACUAACACAGAAACACAGAGCCAAACAUUGGCCAAUUAUGUCAGACAACUGGAGAAACAGGUCAAAGAAUUGCAACAACGAAACAACACUUGUGAAAAGAAAGUUGAUACACUUAAAAUGGAAAAGGAAGCAUUACUCACGAGGUUAAGUGAGAUUGCAGGGACGAGGUUAACGUCCAACAACCCUGGAAUCACGGACCUGAGUGACGAGUUCCGGCCCCUGAAGCUGAACGACAUGUUCCGUGAAAUGUACGACGACAAAUGGACGGACGCCAUGGAGGAUCUCAGCUCCGGAGGCCUCCAGGACAAGGUGGCCGUCACCCUCCUGCUGCAGAUAGUUAAGGAAGCCUUUAGUCUCUGCAAGGACUCCGAUCUAUGGCUGUUAUGGUUACCAGAGUGUCAACUACUAGAAUGUGUCCAGGAGAGUGAUCCCUCUCAAAGAAAGCUGCAUGCGUUGGAUAAUAAACUGACAGAUGAGGAAAGAACAAAGCUGCGCAAGUCUACUGGCGCAUUGAAGAGAAAACACCACAAGUACCUUAUUCAGACUUGUCAAGAGAAGCUGACGUCUGUUGUUUCUAAACUGAUCCAACGCAGAAUGCAGUUGUGUACCAGUUCUGGAUCUGGUGACGUGUAUAGAGGAGAGAAUAAUAAGUUGUGUGAACAACAUGAACAAAAAGGGGACUUUGGAAAAGCAGUAUACAAGAAGGCAGCAAACCCUCCCGAAACCGAGUAUCAUAAUACGCCAAAGAGGCAAAAAUUUACCACAGGUUCCAAUUCCCUUAAUAUUAGCAAUGCAGUAGGAAAAGAAAAUAUUCCUGACAGAAAAGCAAAUUCCGCUAGGGCUGAUUUUGCUAAGCCUAUCAUAGACGGUCACGUGACCGAGCCAAGUGAGAUAACUCUGGACAAUGACAAGUUUUCUAAUGUUUUGAAUUUUGCGAGAGAUGUCGUUGAAGUCUGCUGGUGGAUGCGGUGUACUCAGCCUCCAGUUCAUCUAGACUUCAGUAUUCCAGUAGAUGGGAAAUUCAGUCCAGAACUGUAUAAAGCCUACACAAAAUCGGGCCAGACCAUUGAUUAUGUUGUGUGGCCUGUGAUGUAUUUACAUGAACAUGGACCCCUCUUGUCUAAAGGUGUGGCCCAACCAGUGUAAUGCUAAUUCUCAGCAAAACCGAAUCGCAUUCCGAAUGUAUUAUGUGUAAAUGACGCAUAAUACUCUCUCUCUUUCUCUCUCUCUCUCUGUCAUGAAAAUAUGUUCAGGGUGUUAUCUUUAUGAAUAAAGUGGCUGAUAUGAUAAGUUUA